CACGGCACGGCACGGCUCGGCUCGGCUCCCCACACCAUGGUCCGGAGCUUCCCCGGUGCGGGGCUGGUCCUGGCAGCGGCCGCGGCGCUGUGCCUCGGCGGGGCGGGAGGCAAGAGAGGAUUAAGUAGGAGGGAUGGUGACCUUAUGAUGUAGUUAUGCUAUCUGCUUGAGGCCAGGUAUCAAAAUAUGCUGCAGCUGUGAAGCUGGGACCUUGCUGUAGCUGGGCUGCCUGGGCCUCCUACCUCUAACGAGAUCGCUGACCUUCUCCUGCCACUUCUGCAGCUGCUUUGAUUCACAGAGAUUUGUUGUGGCAAUGGCCUGCCUAAAGGUUUGGCAUGCUGCCAUAGGAAAUGUUGCAUCUACAGGCAGGCACCAGGAGCUGGCCGCUCUGACCCAGGAGCAGGUGAGGAUUGAGGAGAAUGUUGUCUGUUCUCCUGUGAAAUAAAGCAGCACCUUCCAAGCAAUCUUUUGCAGAUUUUCAGGGCUCAGCUGCAGCAAAGUCACAUAUGGGAAGAAUAAGAGAAAAUAGCAUGCCUACAGUCUGAGGUAUAUUAUUCCUGUGGUGCGGUGGUGGAAUCGAUGGAAAGAGGCCUGAUUUUAUCUCCAGGUUUUCCAAACAACUACUACCCAGGGACACACUGUGUUUGGCAAUUUUUCAUUCCCAUGAGAACCCAUCUCAUCUUGGAAAUUUUUGACUUUGACAUUUUUGAAAGCUCUAGCGAAACUCCACCCCCCUGGGAUGGCUUUUCAGCCCCUGCUGUAACGGAAAGUAAGGACAUGUCCCCUCCUGAGGAAAACCUGGACUUCGCUCUCCAUACCACUGAAUCCUCUCUCCAGACCUGGAUGUCGAAGGUGGCUCAGAAUCUGAGCAGCAGAGGAGAUCAGUCAAAAGAGCUUUCUGGUCACCUGGAACAAUUUCCAGGAGCUGCCUCAAAGAAAGAUGAAGCCAAACAAGCAUCUGAACAAAACCAGUCUAAACAGAUGAAGGAACCCAAAGCGAUCACCAAGACCCAAACAGAAGAAUUGCCAUUCUCUGUGGCAAGUGGUGCCACGAUACAGAGAAAAAAUAUCAGUGACCAAGAAACAGAGGAAGAUUUGAAAGGCAAAAUUUUGCUUGCCCGCCUAGCUGCUAGUGAGAGAGAUGAAGUUUUGGGAGAGAGCUGGACUCUCCCGACAACGGUACUGCCAGUGGAAAUCUCUUCCAGCCCACAGUCAGCAGUGGAUGUCUGUCCCCAUGAUGUAUUGUAUGUUUCUGAUCUCAUCACAUUUUCCUCUCGCUUCUGUGGACCAAAUUCACCUUUAAACAAAACCAUGAUCUUUGGUUCGUCCCUGGAAAUGGUUGAGGUUAUCAUGGAGCUGAUUACCACCACUGACCGGGGCCGAGGCUUUGCAAUGCUCUUUGAAUACAAGAACAUCACUGAACCCAACACUGUAGACACUGUGAGACAGGAAAGAAAGGAAAACAUGAUAAUGCUGGCAGUUUUAACAGGGACCGUCUUCUUUGUACUGGCUUUGCUCUCUGCCUUCUGCAUAGCUUGCAGGCAGAGAACGUGCCCCAAAAGGAGCUCAUCCAACGCAUGCAGUGAUCAGGAGAACGGGAUCCAGAACUCCGCCGUUGAUAUCAAUGAGCUCCAGCUCGUGGUGCCAAGUCGGGAGAAUGAAAACAACAACCACUCUGUCAGCCGGGAGCAGGCGGUCACUUCCUGUGAAGGCAGCAUAGAACGGUCUCCUCAGGAUACUGACCCAGAUGUGCCCUCUUCCACCUCCGCAGUGACUACUGAGACAGGAAGCGAUGAAGUGUUUAUUAUUUCUGCUGGACCUGGAGCUAGUGGGCUGAGCUUUACCACCUACAGAAUACAGGACAAAAACCUAAAAAGAAGUGUCACAAGCCCAGCCUCUGUAUCUGACUGGCUGACGUCUAAUCCAAUGGCUGCAGGAGCAGACACUGUUGAGAAGGGGAACAUUCAGAUGGAAAAUAAUUACCCCAGACAACGCACGUGGAGUGCCCGCACUUUCCAUGACUUCCUGGCUCCAUUACCACAGUUACAGAAAAAAUGGUGUAGCUGGACCACCAAUAGUCCCUUCACAAAGCUGGUUGACAACAGUGCUUUUCCUACAGCUGCAAGAACCCAAGGUGUUCCAACCAGAAAGGUGAUUUCUGCCACUGAGAUAGAAGGAGCUUCAGAGACUGUUUACUCUGAUUCAUCUGCCAGCAAUGCCUCAUACCCCCUCACUCUGUCUGCACAAAGGCAGCGGAAGCUAAGCUCCUGCAACUUGAAGAAAUCCAGGUUUGGGAACCCUUACUUUGGAUUUUUAGCUGGUUCCCCUGACAGCAAACGUGUGAGGUCCUUGGAUCCUUCAAGACAUCUAGGGGCAGUAUCGCCACUUAACAGCCAAAGCCCCACAAAUACUCUAGAGAGCUCCAACGCCCUGAAAAUCAACUUGGUCAAUGGUUCAAAAACAAAAGAGCUUGUGGUAGAAACAGAUAAAAACAAACCAGUUUUUGUUAUUUCUGAAGAAGGAGAUGAUCAGCAGCCACUGGUCUUAGCAGAACAUCUUAACCAAUGUGGAGAUCAUCUCUCUGAGCAAAAUGCUGUGUAUGCACCAGCUGUGCCAGACAAACAGCCCGUCGUUCUGACUGCUGAGGGCAACAGUUCUGCCACGUUCAUGUCAAAUCUUCCAUUUUGGGCAAAGUCUCCUGGUUUAUACAAAGGUCAGGUGAAGGCCCCUUCCAAGGACCAGCAGAGUUUGUCGGCAGUAGAUGCUAAUACGAGUGAGACCUCACAGAACUUUGAUACCCUAGCUGCUCCUACAAUAUGUGAAGCCUCAGUCCAAUGAUGCUCUCAGAAAGACUGAACCACCAGUUCACAAAAACAGAGGCAGCAGGCACAUGAUCUGAAUGGAAGUGGUGCCAAGCAUGGCAGUCAUACGUGGACACAACUUUGUUAAGAGUGAUCUUUGCUUCCCACCCGUUGGCGCUGGGAUUAUGGCUACAUGUACUACACCACAGCACAAAUGCCAUCUUCCCUUUUGCUCAUUAACAAACCUAUUCUUCUGCAUGGAAUUUUGAUGUGUUUUAUUCAAAGAAGCAUCCUCUGAAAAGGUAUUUCACACUGCAGAAAAUAUUUUUUGGAAUGAGACAUGAAAGUCAUCUGAGACGGUUACAUCAUGGUUUAUAUCUGAAAUGUAAAUCAGUCCUCUGUCACUGUGGUACCACUUGAGUCUUUCUGUUAGAAGCUAUGAGUUAAAUUCUGCUCGUAGGUAUGCCUGUACAAUUCAAGCCUUGCCAAGCCAAGGGUAAGAAUUCAAUCAUGCAUGUCUGCAUACUGUUUGUAAACAAUUUUAAACAUUUCAUAACUUCUGCACUCGAGCUCAAAGUUUACCAAGCAUUAGCAUCUCUAAUAUUAAAGACCAUGAGUAUCUCAUAUCCUAACUGUUUAGAGUGCAGACAAGCUAAGAAAGUCUGACUAGCUUUAUUUUUGUUAGAUCUACAUAGGCUUAAACACUUCAGUCCACUAUGUUUUAAGGUGACUCCUCGUGGCAACAGGAGCAUGUGUACAAAAACACUGAAAUACUCGCUUGGAAUAGCCUUCAGUAUCCAACACUUGGAUAUUUGCAGCUGCUCUGAUCCUAUAUCCACCAGCUAUUUAUUACUGGUAACGCACAUUGACUAGAGAAACUAUUUCCCUUCCUUUAGCAGGCAAGACUUAAAAGAGAAAAUUAAGUGUGGCAAACUUUGAGUGCUCAUUUUCUUCAAAAAUGAACUACUAAGUAGCUGUGCUCCCGAUCACUAAUCCAGAGCAUUCAAUAGAGCACUGAACCAAAGGGAAGCCUGCUUGUCCUAUUACCUCUAAUAACCCAAUCAUUAUUUUAAUGCCUCCUGGUGAUAUUUCCCUGUCUUUUUAAGAAAAUCCUGCAACUUAGAAUUAUUUUUCUUUCUCAAAUGAAAGAACCCCUACAACCCCUGUAGUUUGCCACUUGAAUUGUUUUUGCUUUCUUAAAUAAAUAAAAAGAAAUCCCUAUAAAGCUGUAUUUUGCAGCUGUCGCAGGACACUGUUUUAAGGCGACAGUGUGUCAUAAAACAGGUGCCAGAAAGAAAUCUCCUAUACAAGUCUUCUCCUAUAUUAGCUACACUGUGCAUCGAGUUAUCUUAAUCCUUCUAUGUGAAAGCAUUUAAGUCUGAUUCCUGGAAUAUUUAACUGAAUUAUUUAUGAUUUCACCUGCUAUUACAGCUUCCAUCUGCCACCUGUUUAUGUCUGAGAUAUGCAACACAAGAUUGUAGGUUUUGCCUAAUAUUUUCUGUAUGUCUCUACGUAGACAUAAGGCAGGCUUGCAUCUAGUAGCAGUGGAAGCAAAAACAUAUAUGCCCUUCAGCAGUUGACUCAAAAAUGAACAGCAGACAAAUGUCAUUUGUUAUUACCAGACUGUUGAAUAGUUUUGAAGCACAAGAGUCUGGUUCCAAUUUUUUUUUUUUUUAAUUAUUAUUAUUUUUAAUUAAUGUUACAUGAAUCAAAGGGAAGAGUUAAUAUAUUUAUGACAAGAAAAUAUUUAAACAUCUAUAGUACUCUAAUAACUUCCACCAUGUUAAAUUCAUACACAUUGUAAAUCAGAGCCAAUGCUAUGUUACUUAUUACAUUUCUGGAGAUUGAAUUACUAAAAUCUACUUUGGAAAAGUAUUUGUGUUCAGUUACUGACAACACCUACAUGUGAAGGGCUGGGAAAAGUGGCUUUUUCAAUAAAAGAGUGUUUAACUAUUCA